UGCGAUAGAGCACGCGUCUUUUUACACAAUUUAAAAUGUAUUUAUUUUUUGUGGUAGCCUUAUUUACCGUAUGUCAUAGUUAUGUGUUGAACGAUGUUCACUAUAGGUCUAUAAAUGGCUCGGGUUUUGUGUUGCUAGACGAGAUGGAUUUGAGUGAACUCAGUGAUGAAGAGAUAGCGAUGUUACGAUUUAGUUUAAUAUACCCAGGAACGAAAUGGUGCGGUCCAGGGGAUACGGCUGAGAACUACGAGGAUCUUGGAGUAGCGGAGGCGGAGGACCGGUGCUGCCGCCAGCACGACUACUGCCCCGACACCAUCGUGUCCGGCGAGACCAAACAUAACCUCACCAAUGAUUCCUACUACACGAAGCUAAGCUGUGAGUGCGACGAGAUAUUCCGGCAGUGCCUGCGCCAGGCGGCCAGCGUCAACUCCAAGACGAUCGGCACGGUGUACUUCAACGUGAUCGGCACUCAGUGCUUUAGGAGGGACUAUCCGGUGACGGGGUGUCUGAAGAAGGGCGGAUGGCUUUUGUCUAAGUGCGUGGAAUACUCCUACGAUAAGAAAGGUAAGAAGUUACAUCAAUGGUUCGACGUCCCUAAUUAUCACGACUGAUGCUACAUACUCCAUGACAUGAUAUACUUUAUAACAAUUUUAUAAUCAAUUAAAA